GGAUGGAAAGAGGCACUUUGGUGAGACUAUGAGGAACCAGUGUUGAGCAUUCUGGGAUGUGCUGAUAGGAUGAAAUACAUGAUAAAGCUAUACCAACGUUCAUCACUACAGUUAAAUGAGUUGGGUGGUGAGACAGCAUGGCAGCGGUGGUGCUGAAGCAGUGUUGGAGAGGACUUUUGCUGAAGUCGAGCAAUGGAGCUGUCGGUGCUGUCAGAUCGAAGAUUUUGGAGGGAGUCAGACAGAAAUCUACAGUACAGUACAUAUCACGGCCAGAUCAACCAAAGCUGGCCUAUCGUAGAGUGAAGGGAAAGAGUCCUGGUGUUGUGUUCCUGCCUGGAUAUGGAUCCAACAUGAGCGGCCAGAAGGCAGAGGCCAUGGAGGAGUUCUGCAGAUCUCUAGGUCAUGGCUACCUGAGGUUUGAUUACUCUGGUCAUGGAGCUUCUGAAGGUGUAUUUUCAGAGGGCACCAUUGGAACUUGGAAAAAAGAUGUCCUGUUCAUGUUAGAUGAACUUGCUGAAGGUCCUCAGAUUCUUGUUGGCUCCAGUAUGGGUGGCUGGCUGAUGCUUUUGGCUGCUAUCGCUCGCCCAGAGAAAACAAAAGCAUUGGUGGGCAUUUCCACAGCAGCAGAUCAUUUUGUUACAGCCUUUAAGACACUUCCUAUAGAGGUGAGAAAAGAGUGCGAGGACAAGGGUUCAUGGACGGUCCCCACGAAAAGUAACGAGGAGGGCAUUUACACUGUGAGUAUGGACUUCCUGCGUGAAGCGGAGAACCACUGCAUCCUACAGAGCCCCAUCCCCAUAACCUGCCCUGUUCGUCUCAUUCACGGCCUGAAAGACGAGGACGUGCCCUGGCACAUCUCCAUGCAAGUGGCCGAGCGUAUACUGAGCCCCGACGUGGACAUCAUUCUACGGCGCCACGGCCAGCACCGUAUGGCUGAAAAAGAUGACAUCAAGCUCAUUGUCUACACCAUUGAUGACCUCAUAGACAAGCUUACCACCAUGGUGUGAGGCACCGUUUGGGAUCGGGUUACCAAGCAACUAGCCUUAAGACCCUCUACCACUCGCUUUUGCCAAACACCCACUUCCUGUUUUGUCUUCCAGACCAGAAUGAUGGAAAGUGUGAACUGUGGGAGGACAAAAUCUUUUCUUUUACAUGUUUACUCAGUGCAAUGCUGUGCCAUUAAACCUUUAAGGUAAAGCUGCUGUUUGUCUAGCAAAAGGUUUGUCAGGAUCUUCUGUGCCUUUUUUAACCGUUUUUCAAACUGUUUUAUGGAAAUAAAGCCUCUGUUUACCAAUA